CCAUCAUCAGAGCCAUGGGGCGCCUCAAAGAUCGAAUUUCUCCGAUGCAGCCAGAGCGGAUGAUGCUCGUCAGCUGUUUGUGCUGGCGGGAUCGGCAGAGGAGGGCUUCAUGACCGGCGAACUGUCCGGAGUCAUCCAGCGCCUCUGGAAGGACGGUGGGGUCCAGGCCUGCUUCAGCCGGUCACGAGAGUACCAGCUCAACGACUCCGCCGCCUAUUAUCUGAAUGACCUGAAUAGGAUAUCCCACGGAGCGUACGUACCCACCCAGCAGGAUGUGCUGAGGACCAGGGUGAAGACCACCGGCAUUGUGGAGACGCACUUCACCUUCAAAGACCUCCACUUCAAGAUGUUUGACGUGGGGGGUCAGAGGUCCGAGAGGAAGAAGUGGAUCCACUGCUUUGAGGGAGUCACUGCCAUCAUCUUCUGUGUGGCGCUGAGUGACUACGACCUGGUCCUGGCCGAGGACGAGGAGAUGAACCGGAUGCAUGAGAGCAUGAAGCUGUUUGACUCCAUCUGCAACAACAAGUGGUUCACAGACACCUCCAUCAUCCUCUUCCUCAACAAGAAGGAUCUGUUCGAGGAGAAGAUCAAGAAGAGUCCUCUCACUAUCUGUUACCCGGAGUACGCAGGUUCCAACACGUACGAGGAGGCGGCGGCCUACAUCCAGUGUCAGUUUGAGGACCUGAACAAGAGGAAGGACACCAAGGAGAUCUACACCCACUUCACCUGUGCCACCGACACCAAGAAUGUGCAGUUUGUCUUCGACGCAGUCACCGACGUCAUCAUCAAGAACAACCUGAAGGACUGUGGCCUCUUCUAGGGCAGUGUGGUGGCCAGAGUGCGCUCAGUGACUUUCUUGGGGACGUCUGUGACUGGAGGGGGGCGGAUCAUGGACACUUUGUAGAGAACGUCUCUUUUAACCUCUUAACUUAUGUUGAGCUCUGAAAGGUUUUAUUUGAAAGGUUUUAUUUUAUUUAAAUAUUUGUACAACUGUCACUAAGGCUGGAGUUUUUCACUGUUUUUAAAAUGGUUUUGUUUUAACCGGCCAAGUUUUUAUUUUUUUAAAGGGGGGGCCUUUGCAUUUUGUUUCUCCUUAUUCUAGGAGAGGAAUGGACACUUUUCUAUUUGUAGGUACUUGUGCCUUUGCAUGCCUUAGUUGCAGUGUGUUUGUUUUUGUUAGCUAAAUUGUGAUAGAUGUAUUUCGAUGUUAUAAUUAAUUACACCACCCUCCCCAAAUAUUAUCUCUAUUUGGUUCCAAAUGUGGUUUCCACAAAUAAUAUCUCUAUUUGGUUCCAAAUAUGGUUUCCAUGACUGACAUCUCAAAAUUAUUGUAUCCAUGGAAAUGAUGGAAUAGACCAAUUAAGACCAACUCACUCUUACAUACUGAGAGCUGUGUGUGUGCAUGACUGUGUGUGAGUGCCUUUGCUGUAUGCUUGAGUGAGUGAGUAGCAUGCAUGAAUGUGUGGAUAUAAAUACAAAGGGACUCUUCUUUUUACUUGUCAUCCUCUUUCACAGUCUGGUUUUCUGGAACAUGUACCAAAAAGGCAACUUUAUAUUUAAUGUGACGUCACAUGGUUGGUGUGACAUUGUGGAUGGUAACAUUCCUACACCAAAUCAUUAUUUUAAAGAGAAACUAAGAGGAUGACAACUACAGCCUUGUAGCAGAUGAGAGGACCAUAGAUAUAAAGUGCAUAGAUGGACAAAGGGAGGUGAAUGGGUGGAUGUGCACUGUUAUGAUGUUGACGAUAAGUUUCAUAAUGGUUUCAGGUUACAUAUCCCCCUAACCCCCCACCCGUCUGUUUCCAUUGGAUGGGGACGUUAGUGGACUAAUUUCCAUUAUUUUGUUAAUAAAAUAAAUGCUGUGGUGAAACGAUGACAUCCUUCAACAAUGAUGGCCUCAA